AUGUUUCCACAAUCAGGGAAAUCGAUUGUCUUUGACAACUUUCCAGAUCCCACGGACACGUGGGAAAUCAUCGAGACAAUCGGGAAAGGCACAUAUGGAAAAGUCUACAAGGUGCUCAACAAAAUCGAUGGAAGUAAAGCAGCUGUGAAGAUACUGGAUCCCAUCCAUGAUAUUGAUGAGGAGAUCGAAGCAGAAUACAACAUCCUCAAAGCUCUUUCUGACCACGCCAAUGUUGUCAAAUUCUAUGGGAUGUAUUACAAGAAGGACGUGAAAUGUGGAGAUCAGCUGUGGCUCGUGCUGGAGCUCUGCAAUGGCGGCUCUGUGACGGAUCUGGCUAAAGGCAUGCUGAAGAGAGGAGACAGAAUGGAUGAAGCCAUUAUUGCCUACAUCUUGCACGAGGCCCUGAUGGGCCUCCAGCAUCUGCACAUCAACAAGACCAUCCACCGUGACGUCAAAGGCAAUAACAUCCUGUUGACGACGCACGGAGGGAUCAAACUGGUGGAUUUCGGUGUCUCAGCCCAGCUGACGAAUACCCGCCUGAGGAGGAACACCUCUGUGGGAACUCCCUUCUGGAUGGCUCCUGAGGUGAUAGCAUGUGAGCAACAGCUGGACUCCACCUACGAUGCUCGUUGUGAUGUCUGGUCACUCGGCAUCACCGCCAUAGAGCUGGGAGAUGGAGACCCGCCCCUGUCUGACCUCCACCCAAUGAGAGCCCUUUUCAAAAUACCCAGGAACCCUCCGCCUACUCUCCACCAGCCGGAGCUCUGGUCAGACAACUUUAAUGACUUCAUCUGCAAAUGUCUGAUUAAGGAUUUUGAGCUGAGACCAAAUGUGCUCGACCUGCUCCAGCAUGUUUUCAUCAAACAGAUUGUUGGCAGAGAGAAAAUUCUGCAGAAACAAUUGAUUGAGCUCAUUGAUCUCAACCAACAAAUAGGAGUCAUUGAAAAAACAAGCCAUCAUGGAAAGACAGACAGAAGCACAGACAGUAACGACAGGCAUGAACGCAUCCACACUAAAAGAGGAAGCCACAUGAAGACGCAGACUGACCCAGAGGAGGUGGACGACCUCGCCACCCUAGAAGUUCUAGACGAAAACACGGUCACAGAGCAGCUUCAGAGUCGCUAUGGAAGAGAUCAAAUUUACACGUAUGUGGGAGACAUCCUCAUCGCAGUCAAUCCUUUCCAUAAGAUGGAGAUAUACACUCCUCAGUACACUAAGAUGUACAUAGGAGCUAAGCGUACAGCUAACCCGCCACACAUCUUCGCUGUGGCUGAUGUCGCCUACCAGUCCAUGGUGUCAUACAACACAGACCAGUGUGUUGUGAUCAGUGGGGAAAGUGGAGCUGGGAAAACAGAGAGUGCUCAUCUGUUGGUGCAGCAGCUGACAGUUCUUGGAAAGGCCAAUAAUCGGACGCUCCAGGAGAAGAUCCUGCUGGUCAACAGCCUCGUGGAGGCUUUUGGGAACGCCUGCACCGUCAUCAAUGACAACUCCAGCCGCUUUGGCAAAUACCUGGAGAUGAAGUUCACCUGUGGAGGAACAGUGGUCGGAGCGCAGAUAUCUGAGUACCUGCUGGAGAAAUCCAGAGUCAUCCACCAGGCAGUAGGGGAGAGGAACUUUCACAUCUUCUACUACAUCUAUGCUGGCCUGGCUGACAGGAAGAAACUUGCCCACUACAAGCUCUCUGACAGCAAGACACCUAAGUAUCUGUGUAACGAGCACAUUAAACUGGGGCCUGACAUAGUGAGCAACACCUUCUACAAGGAGCAGUUUGAUGCAGUCGAGCAGUGUUUCAAAGUCAUUGGAUUCACCCUGGAGGAGCUGGGCAGUGUUUACAGCACUCUGGCCGCCAUCCUCAACUCUGGGGAUAUCGAGUUUUCUCCGGUUGCUUCGGAGCACCAAACAGACAAGAGCGACAUCUCCAACAUUUCUGUCCUGGACAACGUGGCAUCACUGCUGUGUAUCCGCUCAGACGAGCUCCAGGAAGCCCUGACCUCCCACUGCGUGGUGGCCCGGGGAGAGACGAUCGUCAGGCCCAACACGGUGGAGAAGGCGGCGGAGGUGAGGGACGCCAUGGGCAAGGCUCUCUACGGCCGCCUCUUCAGCUGGAUUGUCAACCGCAUCAACGCGCUGCUGCGGCCCGACAGCCACCUAGGAGAGGACGACAAAGGCUUGAACAUCGGCAUCCUGGACAUCUUCGGCUUUGAGAACUUCAAGAAGAACUCUUUCGAGCAGCUCUGCAUCAACAUCGCCAAUGAGCAGAUCCAGUUUUACUUCAACCAGCACAUAUUCGCAUGGGAGCAGGAUGAGUACCUGAAUGAGGAGGUGGACGCUCGGAUGAUCGAGUAUGAGGACAACCGGCCCCUCCUGGACCUGUUCUUACAGAAGCCCAUGGGGAUGCUCUCACUUCUGGAUGAGGAGAGUCGCUUCCCACAGGCCACCGACCAGACCCUCGUAGAGAAAUUUGAUGACAACCUCAAGACCAAAAGCUUCUGGAGACCAAAGAGGGUCGACCUCGGCUUCGGUAUUCACCACUAUGCUGGAAAGGUGAUUUACAACGCCGCCGGCUUCUUGGCCAAGAACAGGGACACGCUACCGGCCGACAUCGUCCUUCUGCUGAGGUCGUCAGAAAACGAGCUCACUCGCAAGCUGGUCACCCAUCCCCUCACCAAAACAGGCAACCUUGCCCACACCAAGGGUAAAGGCAUAAACACACUGCGCAGCCCGCGGACCCCGACACGCACCAUCACCUUCGCCAAGAUGGGAGUCCUAACCUUAUACAGUUCUUUUUCUUUCAGUGAGCCAGGUGAACCCGGAGACACACCAUACCACCCGAGAGAAACCACCAACAUGAGAACACAGACAGUGGCCUCCUACUUCAGAUACUCGCUGAUGGACCUGCUGUCCAAAAUGGUGGCAGGGCAGCCUCACUUUGUUCGCUGCAUCAAACCAAACAACGAUCGCCAAGCCAACAAGUUUGACCGGGAGAAGGUCCUGGUUCAGCUGCGCUACACCGGAGUUCUGGAGACCGCCAAGAUCAGACGGCAGGGCUACUCUCACCGCAUCCUGUUUGCUAACUUCAUAAAGAGGUACUACAUCUUGGCUUUCCAUGCUCAUGAGGAGCCAGCUGUGACUCAAGAAACAUGUGCUGCAAUACUGGAGAAGGCCAAGCUGGAGAACUGGGCAAUGGGGAAGACUAAGGUGUUUCUCAAGUACUACCACGUUGAACACCUGAACCUGAUGGUGCAGCAGGCCACCCAACGGAUCAUUCUCCUGCAGGCUUACGUCCGAGGCUGGCUGGGAGCCAAGCGCUACCGGCGAGUGUUAAAAGAGCGAGAACAGAGUGCUCUGGUGCUGCAGUCGGCUUACAGAGGUCACAAAGCCCGGAAGAGGGUGGCUGAUGACAAAAGCAAAGCAAAAUUUGAGGCCUUCAUCAUCCAGUUUCAGGCUGUUUGCAGGGGCUAUCUUGCAAAAAAGAAAUACAAGGAGUUGGUAGAUGAGAAGAACAAAGCUGCUACCAAGAUUCAGGCCCGUUACAGAGGGCACAAGGAAAGGAAAAGCUUCAAAAGAAAACGAGAAGCCAAAGAGAAAGAAAAAGAAGAGAAAGCGCUGAAGGAAAAAGAGGAAAAGACUCCUGAACCAGAAAAGAUCACUAAUGAUGAAGACUCCCCUGCCCCCGACAACGAAGCAAUGAACGAGGAAGAGGAAACUAAAGCUGCCGUGGUUCUCCAAAGCAACUACAGGGGUUACAAAGAGAGAAAAAAGUUUAAGGAGAGACAAAAGACGAUGGCUGGGGCUGAAUUAGAGUUACCGUCAAAUGUGGUGGUGGAGCAAGAAAGUGAGCAAGAGCCUCCGAGCAAAGCAGAGGCAGGAGAAAAGACAGCUGAUGAACAAGAGGAGAAUGAUGAAGAGGAAGAAAGUACGUAUGAAGCCGAGGAGAAUGAUGACAGCGAUCACACACAGGUGCCAGAAGAUGACGAACAUACAGAAGUGGCAGAUGACGCAGUGAUUGUUGACGCACCAGCUGCGAAUGAUGGAAGAGGAGGACGGGAGGAGGACACGAAGGAGGAGAGCGGACAAGAAAAGGCUGCAGGAGAAGAGGUUGUCAACGUAGAAGAAGAAACCAAGGCUGCUACUGUUCUCCAGAGUAAUUUCAGAGGUCACAAAGAGAGGAAGAGGUUGCAGGAAGAAGGCAAAAUCCCAGCAAAAAAACAGAGAGCAAAAAGUCCUACUGGUGAAGAGGAAGUGCCCACAGCAAGCAGCCCUACAGGUGAGGAAGAAGUGCCCACAGUGAGCAGCCCUACAGGUGAGGAAGAAGUGCCCACAGCGAGCAGCCCUACAGGUGAGGAAGAAGUGCCCACAGCAAGCAGCCCUACAGGUGAGGAAGAAGUGCCGGAAGUUCAAACACCAGCCGAAAGCAUCUGCAACGAGGAGGCAGAAAAAGACAAAUCAACAGAAGCUCAAGAUGCAGCAGAUGUUUCUUCAAUUAAUAUCAAGUUAGAAGACCAAGACGAGACCAAAGCAGCUGUGGUGCUUCAGAGCAACUUCCGUGGCCACAAGGAGCGCAAGCGACUCGAGGAGGAAGGAAAGAUCCCCAAGAAGAGGAAGAAGGAGAAAGAAGUAACACCAGGACCUCCAAUAGAAGAAGAACAGGUACUGCAGACAGAGGAAUCAGUGCCAGAGCCCCAGCCGGGUACUUCUGCGGAGAACCCGGAAGGACUGGACGAGGAAAAAGCUGCCACUGUCCUUCAGAGUAACUUCAGAGGCCAUCGGGACCGGAAGAAACUGAAAGCAGAGAGAGAAACGCAGCAGAAGGCAAAGGCAGAAGCUGCCGAUGAUGCAGAAGAGGGAACUAAAGAGGAGGCAGAGGAGGAGGCCCUGGAUGUAAAUGACGUGGCGAUAGAACGUAAAGACGAGACAGAUGCUGAGAAAGAAAGGCUGGAGGAAGAGCAGGCCGCAGUGAAGAUCCAGAGCAACUUCAGAGGGUACAAGGACAGGAAGAACCUGAAGGCCAACAAGAAAGCAGCACAGACAGAAGCUGCACAGCUGGAGAGCUUCUCCAAAGAGAUCUCAAAGACUUCUCAGGACUUUGUGGCCCUGCAGCAGAAGUUGAAUGAGAUCAUCCAGGCCCAUCAAUCAAACCCGGAGAACAAUGGCAUGUUUGUGAGAGGGAAAGCAAUCAAUGGCUAUGCUCCCCAGAAUCACCAAUCAACUGACAAGAGGCUGUCGCGGACCCCCCGCAGGACCCAGCAGCCAAAGACCCUCAACACACCAGAGGACUCCACCUAUUACAACUUGAUUCAUAGGUCUGUCCAGGAUGAUAAACGCAAGCCCAGGAAAGAGGAUCCAGGAAAGCUGCUGGAUGUGGAUGACCAGUACUACCGGGAGCUGUCCACCAGCAGGUCUGAACCCUGCGUCUCCUCAGAGACCACAUUGCUCAGCAGCACGCCUGACAGGAGGAGGUCCGUGGAGAGGAGGCGGUCCACGGACAGGAUGCAGCCUAUGGAUCAGAGACCAGCUGCUGCCAGUAGACAGACCAGAGGGAGGGCCGUCACUGAACCAGAGCCUCCCAAACCUGCCAGGGACAACAGGCGCUCUGUUCCCAGAAUGCCCUCCACAGAGAGUCAGGCCGAGGACAAUCCGUACGACUACAGACAUCUACUGAGGAAGACCUCCCAGAGACGAAAGCUCAUCAAACAGUACUGAACACUCUGUCCAGAUCUGACGCCUGAUGCACACUGUGUGGCAACGUUUCAUCCUUCAUCAUGUACGAGUAUCUGAUUCAUCACAGCUUCUGCAAAAACAUUCAAAACUAGUUCUGGAAAUGAAAACUUUAACUUAUUAUAAGUCACCAGUCUCAAUAAUGUAACAGGAUGAGGAUAAAUGUAAAUAAUAAAAUGCUCCGUCUUUAAAACUGUAAAUGAAGGUUUUAUUUAUGUGAUUUGUAAACUAGACGUCGCUGCUUUGGCUCAUUUUUGCUGUAUUUUCUGCUUCCUCUCAAAGCUUUGUUAAAUGACAUGUUUGAGAUUGUCCAUAACCAUUUAAACAUCUGCUAGAACUGUAUAAAACAUCUCUAGAUGGUGUAAAUACAAAAGCCAUGCUCUUACACUGGAAUUCUUGAGUUGUCUUUGCAUUUCAUUUUGAAUUCACAGCUUCAUUGUUGUCAUGUUGUAAGAAAUGUACAUUCGCCUCUGCUGUAAUCACCAUUUUGUUCAU